AUGGAUGGCGGGCCUGACUUCUGCGCCACAGUCAGCUGGGACAAUCCGAAUGACAGAUACGGCAGCCGCUACGCAAUUGGCUGGAUGAAUAAUUGGGAAUACGCAGGUUCGCUUCCUUAUUACGGCGAUUUUGCCGGUCAAGGCAGUAUGGUCCGGGAAGUCAAGCUCAAGACUAUCAACGGGUCUUCCACCCUAAUCAGUAACCCAAUAGAGGGUUAUGAAAAUAUUGUCGCACCCCCCAACUCCGUGAGCGGGCAGACCAUUACGACGGAUCCGGCCUCUGCAUCUCUUCCCAAUGACCUGGUGGGAGGUGCGUACAUGAUUGGUGCCAUGAUCUCCAAGGAUGACGGGACGACGGCAAGCAAGUCCACAUUCGCAUCAAAGCUGACGAGUCUUUCGGCACGACCGUCGGUUACGACUUCACGCAUUCCUAUGCAUUUUUGA